ACUAAUCUUCAGUGGUGCCCCUUAACCUGGUCUUUUUCAAUGCUCUUCGGCACAUAGAAAGAAUCCAUGGCGAAGGCAGAACUGAACUCUUCUGCAAUGACAACCUCUCCACACAAAUGGCUUCUCAUGUUUUUCCUCCUUUCCACCACCUUCUCUUUCAACUCUUUCUCAUCCUCAGCAACUCAACCCCAAGAUUACUACCAUCACUGCUCUUCAACCGUCCCUUCAUCCCCACAAAACAAAGCUCCACUCCCAAAAUUUCCUCUUCCACGCACCCAUGAAGGUUACUAUACCGGCGGCAACCCAGUUCUGGAACCAAACCCGUUUGCAUUUUCGUCCGGUUUCUUAAACUCCAUCUUUCUUCGCACGCUGUCCGUCUAUGACACCGAAGUUCCAGGCUUGUUCAAGCUUGAAGGGCGUUUAACAUUUCCAAGCGCGAAUAAGUACAACAAGAUGGAAGAUUUCUCGUAUCCCCGCCAGGUAUACUAUUCUACGUCUGAAAGAAGUUCUGUAAGCUUUAAACUCGAGGGGUUCUGGUCAGAAUCAAAGGGAGAUCUUUGUAUGGUUGGAUCAGCCUCUGCAUACACUAAAGAAGGUAAUUUGCUUGAUCUUUCUGCUGUUCUUAAACUCCAUAAUCUCAUAAGUUCCACUAAUAUUACUAGUUUGAUUACUGGAUCUUUUGAGAGCUUGAGUACUUCUGCCAAUGAUCCAACCCACUUUGAGAAAAUUUCUGUAUUGUUGCUUCCUCAAAUGGAGUAUAAAUACACACCAGUUUCGGGAGAUUUCAAAAACGGAAAUGAUCUUCCAAAGGGUUUAUCACUUAGUUCUCUUCCAAAACACCAAUUAUGCUCAGUAGCCUUGGGGGGAUUCCAUCCGUUCAAAUUGAGAUACGACAGCGGCUGCAAUUCUGCAACGAAUUGCAGUCCGUUUGAUGCAGGCAUGGGAUAUGUUCCUCGUUUCAUGUCCAUGUCUAUGAUCAAGUGUUCUGAGGACAAAGAAACGAUGCGGGUUCUCGUGGAGUUUCCUCCGAACACUAGCUACAUCAGUUAUUACCGGAGUUUCAAUCCUGAAACGACUCUGGUUGGGGAAGGAACAUGGGAUGAAACAGAGCAUCAGCUCUGCAUCGUUGCAUGCCGAAUUUCGGGCGUGAAGGAAUCUUGGGUUAAUGCUCGUGUGGGUGAUUGUUCAACAAGAUUGACCUUGAGGUUUCCUGCAAUCUGGUCAAUCAAAGAUGUUAGUGACAUGGUGGGGGAAAUUUCGACCAACAAAACCAUGCAAGAGAAAGGUUAUUUCGACAGGAUCAUGUUUCGAAGUGUUCGGAAUAGAAUGGCCGGGGUUCCUGACUUGAAGUAUCAGUAUACAGAAAUUGACACUGCCAGGAAGUUAUGCCAGAAAUCUGAGAAGCCUGCUAGAAUCAAAGGGGCAAGAUACCCAAAUGGGUCUUCUAUUUCCGUCAUGAGAUUUGAUUCCUCUGUGAAAAAUUCUACAGGAACAAUCGGUUGGGGUUAUUCAGUUCCCAUAUCUGUUGGUGCUCUGUUUUAUGAGUAUUCAAGCUCUCAAGACUCUGAAGCGGAGGCACCAGAUCUCGGCGGCAGCGGUCCAGUCAAUAUCAGCUACCAUAUAAACCUUCAAUCGUACAAUGGGUUUUCUCCGUUUAACGCAUCUUCAACCUCAUAUGAGAGCUAUGAGAUUUUGGCUGAAGGGAUAUAUGAUGCGGAAACAGGACGCUUGUGUAUGGUAGGCUGCCGAAAUAUUGGCUCUGACGAUCAAAUACCAAGAAAUGAUUCUUGGGAUUGUGAGAUUCUUGUUGAAUUUCAAUUCCCUUCAUUAAAUUCGAGGCGUGGAGGUUACAUCAAGGGAAGCAUUAAUAGCGCACGGCACAAAUCUGAUAAACUUUACUUUGAGCGUUUAGAGUUGUCUGCAACUUACGAGGAUGGAUCUUCCAUAUGGAGGAUGGAUGUGGAGAUUGUCAUGGUACUUAUCUCCACCACGCUGUCGUGUGUUUUUGUGGUUCUGCAGAUCUUUCAUGUGAAAAGGCACCCUCAUGUGCUUCCCUUGAUCUCCCUUGUCAUGCUUUCAGUUCUCACUUUAGGCCAACUGGUGCCUCUUGUGCUGAACUUUGAAGCCCUGUUCUUCAGGAGUUCGAGCCGGUGGAACAUAAUGCACGAAAGCGACGGAUGGCUCGAAGCGAACGAGGUGAUUGUUAGGGUGACAGGAAUGGUAGCUUUCUUGCUGCAAUUCCGUCUUCUGCAAAAAACAUGGUCAGCAAGAUGGAGUGAUGGAAAUCAAAAGAGCUUGUGGGGUGCUGAGAAGAAGGUUCUCUUCGUGGCUUUACCAUUAUAUAUAGCAGGGGCUUUAGUUCCUGUGGUGGUGAACUUGUUGAACAGCAGUGAAAAUGAUGUUAUGAUGGCCUCGGCGGCUUCCAUUACAAGUAGUUACCCACCACGUUCUCUUUGGGGAGGCUUGAAAUCUUAUGCUGGUUUGGUCUUGGACGGUUUUCUAUUGCCUCAAAUACUGCUCAACAUGUUCUGGAACACAAAAAGGAGCAGUCUUUCUUGUUCAUUCUACCUCGGAAACACUUUUGUUCGGUUGCUGCCACAUGCAUAUGAUCUUUACAGGGCUCACAAGUAUGCUCACCACUAUGAUGGCUCAUACAUAUAUGCAAAUCCUGGUGCAGAUUUUUACUCCUAUACUUGGGAUGUUGUUAUUCCUCUUGGGGGUUUGCUUUUUGCCUUGAUCAUUUACUUGCAGCAGAAGUUUGGUGGUCGAUGCAUCUUUCCUCGGAGGCUUAGAGAGUUGGAAGGAUAUGAAAAGGUGCCUGUGUCAGUGUCUAGUGAUGCAUAAUUCCCAAGUCAGAUGAGGGGCUUGAUUCAAAUCAACAAAUGGGAGAUUAGAACUGGAGUGGCAGCAAAGUGCAGAAUUACUAGAGGUUUGUUUAUAAUUGCUCUAUCGGUGGCGUUUUUUGCUUUUUAGUUAAAACAUGUUUUGAGUGUUUCGUAUUUGAAGUUUGACUUCGGUGUUGUAACAUGAAACUGCAACAUAUGUACUGUAGUUGUUUUUUACAGCAACUAAGCCAAAUAUUGUUGCAUUGUGUUUCCAUAUGUUAAAUUAUAAUCUUGUUUGCUGCCUCUGUCUGUUGGCAGCAAGUUCUAGUUGCAUUUA